CGAGGAGGCAAUCGAUGUUGUGUUGUUUAUUUCGACUGCAAAUCGUCGUCUGCUUAAUAACACACAACUUGUUUACGUUUUACUUAAUUCAAAAUUCUCUCAUAUUAAACCGACCUCAAAAUUGUGAGUUUAAAACUGAAGUUGUUGUGAGUGUAAUAAAAUGCUUAGACAAUUUAUUCCUGGGGCAUACAAGAUUCUGAAUGGACAUAAUAUAUUAACGGGUGGGAGUGGUAGGACGUCAGUAAAAAAUAUUCAUACUUUAUCGAGAUCAUUUCAAAUCGUCGUUCAAUCAUCGCAAGAACUUGACAGUCGGGAGGAAAAUGUUGUAGAUACACUCUAUAAUGGUUUAUUAUCGUCGAAUAGAGCUUGUUUGGCUAGAUCAAUAACUUUAACAGAGUCAACCCAUCCAAGAAAACGAUUGCAGGCCAGAUCCCUGUUGAAGAAAGCUCUGCAGCACUGCAAACAAUGUCAACAAAAUGACAAUUCAUUCAGUUUUCGGAUCGGAUUAUCAGGGCCACCAGGUGCCGGAAAAUCAACAUUCCUGGAAAACAUGGGCAAGUUUCUUACCAGUCAGGGGGAAAAAAUUGCUGUUUUAGCAGUUGAUCCAUCUUCUACCACAAAUGGAGGAUCACUGAUGGGUGACAAAACAAGAAUGCAAGAACUUUCACGAGACCUGAAUGCUUUUAUACGUCCGUCGCCGACCAGUGGACAUUUGGGUGGUGUCACUCGUUCCACAAAUGAGGCCAUAAUUAUGUGCGAAACUGCUGGUUACAAGACGGUUUUCAUUGAAACGGUUGGUGUAGGACAGUCUGAAUACGCCGUAGCGGAUAUGGUCGACAUGUUUGUUGUUCUGAUUCCGCCGGCUGGAGGAGACGAACUUCAGGGGUUGAAACGCGGUAUAAUGGAGCACAGUCACCUGGUAGUUGUGAACAAAGCCGAUGGAGAUUUGAUGGAAGCCGCGAUGAGAAUGCAGUACGAAUACACUUCAUCACUCAAGUUCAUGCGACCAAUAUCACCGAAUUGGCGGCCGAAAGUCCUGAAAGUCUCUUCGCUAACCAAAGAAGGACUACCCGAGUUAUGGGCCGUCAUGCAGGAGUUCCACCAGACCAUGUUGAGAACGGGCGAGCUUCUGGAAACGCGUCGCAAGCAGCAGCGCGUUUGGAUGUGGAACUACAUCACUCAGCAUAUCAUGCAGGUGUUUCGCGAGGAUCCCCGAGUCAAGCGCGACAUCCACGAAAUGGAAAAGAAUGUCGAACAAGGCUGCAUGACAGCUGGCGAAGCUGCCGAAAUAUUACUGCAUCAUUUCGUACCUGAUAAAAUGUUUUGAUUAUUCAAAUAGAUUUACUUGGAAGGUGAAUGUAUACAGUUGCUUAGUAGUAGCUAAGUACACUCAUAUUUUACGUUGAAGUUGUUUUCUUAACACUUUAACCAGAAUUUACCUACGCUGUUAUGAUUUACACUAGGAAUUGUUAGAGAAAUUAUUCAGAUUUAAUCAUUAGUAUCAUUGUAUUUAAAUUCCAUAUCUUGUCUGGAUAAGCAGUUAAAAAAAGAUUCCAUGUUAUACUCGAAAAUCUCGACUAAAAUUACGCCAUCAGGAAGAUUGAAUUGCAAUAGAAGAACGAUUGAUUAUUGUUUUUUUCUUGUAAACUAUCACAGGUGGAAUCCAUAAAUGAGUAUAUAAAGGGCA